CCCAGCGCGCGACGGACUAGGUUCACGCCGUCCUCUCAGGCCCUGGCGGCCGGGCGGCCCGGGUUAUCCCGAGUGUCCUGGGGACCCCACGCCACGCGUCUCUGAGUCUCUUCCUCCCCUUCGCGUGCCGACGGCGGCGCGAGGGCCUCAGUCCCCGGGAAGUGACGCCUCCUCUGGUUCGUAAGACUCAGAGACUCAGGCCACGCGGGCUUAGCUCCAUAUUCCCCGAAAAACACUGAGUCUCCGGUCCUUGGAAACGGUGACCCUCCUUCUGUCUGUGAAUUGACCACCCGCUUCCAGUUCGUGCAGCCGUUGUGGUUGUUUGUAAGACACCCCUUUCACGGACACCGAACAUUGAUGAACCCAAGGUUUCUCAGUCAGUUCUCGGCAGUGACCUUUUUCUAAACCAGAGCGAUUUUUUGUAUUAGUUAACUUACUCUGGUUUGAAUUACAGUUCUGUGCGUGAGAGCCCUGGCCGCUGAAUGUCAGCCCUCUGAAGGCAGGGGCUGUGUCUUGGUCUUUGUGACCUCUUCUAUAGCGGGGCAGGGAUUUGUGUAAGGUCAGCACCUAGUAAAUGUUUGCUGAGUUGAACUGUUAGGUGAAAGAACUGUUGUAGGACCACUAACUCAGCAUCUUUAAAAAACUGUUCUAGAACCCCCCCAACCGGAGUCUCAUUCUUUUUCCUGCGAAACUCCCGAUGCUGCCUGAGGCUUGGACCCAACCUGAGGGACCACAUCUGAGAAAACCCUGCCUGUGUCUGCAGUAUCCGCUUGAAUUCCUCAGGUUGUUCAGGAAAGGAGAAUCUCCAGCAGUGUUAAAUAUAUGACCAUCAACUUAGGAGAUGGCUGCUUUGAAAAGGAAAGGGCUUCAGGCAAGGAUUCUCAGCUCUGAAGAAGAGGAGAAACUGAAAAGAGACCAAGCUUUAGUGUCUGAUUUUAAACAGCAAAAACUGGAAAAAGAGGCUCAGAAGAACUGGGACCUUUUUUACAAAAGAAAUAGCACUAAUUUCUUCAAAGAUAGACACUGGACCACCAGAGAGUUUGAGGAGCUCAGAUCAUGUAGAGAGUUUGAAGAUCAAAAAUUGACUAUGCUUGAAGCUGGCUGUGGGGUUGGGAACUGUUUAUUCCCGCUUUUAGAAGAUCCGAAUAUCUUUGCCUAUGCCUGUGAUUUUUCUCCAAGAGCAGUUGAAUAUGUCAAGCAAAAUCCUUUAUAUGACACAGAAAGAUGCAAGGUAUUCCAGUGUGAUCUGACUAAAGAUGACCUUCUGGAACACGUGCCCCCAGAGUCUGUGGAUGUUGUCAUGUUGAUAUUUGUGCUCUCUGCAGUUCACCCUGAUAAAAUGCACCUUGUCUUACAAAACAUUUACAAGGUAUUAAAACCAGGCAAAAGUGUCUUGUUUCGCGACUAUGGGCUGUAUGAUCAUGCCAUGCUUAGGUUUAAAGCCGGCAGCAAACUUGCAGAAAACUUUUAUGUUAGACAAGAUGGAACCAGAUCGUAUUUUUUCACUGAUGAAUUCCUGGCACGGCUCUUUAUGGACACAGGUUACGAAGAAGAGGUGAACGAGUAUGUGUUUCGUGAGACGGUGAAUAAAAAAGAAGGCCUGUGUGUGCCGAGGGUUUUCCUUCAGAGCAAGUUCCGAAAGUCUCUGAAGAACCCAACUCCUGUGACCCCGCGCCUGGGCCACGAGUCCUGACCUUUUACGAGGUUGAUGUCUGUGCCUCCCCUUGAAGAGGAAAGUUUCAAGUCACUCUUUUUAUUUUGUGUACUUUUAUAUUUUAACUUUUUAAAAUGAAUAUAUAUACUUUUUAUAUUAAAAGGUAGCAAGUGUGUGUGUGUUACAGAAAUGUAAAUAAAAUUGCAAGACCUGAAGAGGAAA